AUGCGAACGGGCACAACCACCAUUACCUUUAUGAUUUUUGGGGCUUUACUUGUGAUGGUAAGAAGAACACGGUUAUCCUCAUUCCCCACACUCCCUUAUGUGUAAACAUUUAAUCUGUUCAAAGCUUUCAAAGGGAUAUUUCAAACGACCUAGACAACAACGUGGUCUACAUGAGGCGACACAAUCAAUAAACAAACUGUCAAGCGAAAACAUUUUUUCUGGAGUAGCUACACUUAAUUAUUUUUUGAAUUUAGAUUUUUGUCUUAUCUACCUGAAAAGUCGGGCAACAGAUGCUGUUAUGGGAAUGUGGCUUGUUUUGUCCUUCUUGACUUCAGUGGUUCUUUUCAGGCUGCAGCGUGUCUAACGGACAUGAACGCGCUACUGGACCGCUUUCACAACUAUAUCUUACCACAUUUACGAGGAGAGGACCACGUCUGCCAUUGCAACUGUGGAAGGUAAAACAAACUUUCCAAAAGAAUGGGAUUUAAAGUUAUGCAAAACAAGAGCAUGAGUAAACCGUUGGUUUAAAACUGCACUGUAAAACCAUGCGUUUAGGAUCUGAGCACAGAACUAAACACUUCUGUAACACUUUUUAAACGCAUCAAGGCAUUUAGAAUAUCAAUGAUAACGCGUCACAGUGUUUAGAUUGUAAACACCAGAACAUGUUUAUUCGAUGUAACACUUUUAAACACAUUCAGCACAAGGCGUUUAUGUUUUAAACACUAAACACUGGGGGUGUUAUUUUAAACUCCCUUUCCUUUAACACUGUAGGGUAAAGCCAUAUUUGCAUACUUCCCAGCAUGCCUUUCGAGUGAAUGUGAGCGAUACCCACCAAUGACUGUGUUUAAUAGUGGCAGAGGCAUGGUUGUUGCAUUCAAUAACUUCUAUUCCUGAAGCCUUCACCUAGUGAUUGCCUAUGUGAAUGUGUUAAAAUUAAAUGUAAACUCUUUAUGAACACAAAUUAUACAUUUCAUCCCAUAAGUUAUGACCUUGUUAUUGACAUUGUGGUUUGAAAAAAAUCCUGUCUCAUGGGCCACAUCAGACCUGCAAGUCACAAUAGGCUGGUUUGUGAAGUGAUUAAUAAUUCCUAUCGGAAUCCAGCCAGAGGGAGGAUAUCCAAUACUUUUUAUAUUUUAUCACCCACAACCUGCACUCAGAAUGACUGCUAUGGUGAAGGACUAAACAAACACGACUACCUAAAAUAUCUAAACUGGAACAACCAUCUCAGUAAUGGGUGCAAUAAGUCCAACCCCUUACAGAGUGGAUCAGUUUAGACAAAUGUAAGUUAUUUAUCUCAAAACAAAUGUUUAUUUGUCACAGGUGCUGAAUACAACUGGUGUAGACUUUACCGUGAAAUGUUUGCUUAGGAGCCCUUCCCAACAAUGCAGAGUUUAAAGAUAAAAAUAAAAUAGUAACACAAUAGGAAUAAAAUAAAAUACACAAAAAUGGAGCUAUGUACAGGGAGUACCAGUACUAAGUCAAUGUGCCGAGGUAUGAAGUAAAUGAGGUAGAUAUGUACAUGAAGGCAGGGUAAAGUGACAAGGCAUCAGGAUAGAUAAUAAUAAGAGUAACAUAAAGAACAGAGUAGCAGCAGCAAAUGUUGAGUGUAAAAGUGUGUGUGUGUGUGUGUGUGUGUUUGUGUUGUGUCGGUCUGCGUUUGUGUGUUAUCUGUGUGUGUGUGUAUGUAGUGUAUGGGAAUGUGUGUGGGUUUUGUGUGGGAGUGUCAAUGUAGUGUGUGUGAGUGAGCGUGUAUAUGGUUAGUUUACAGCAUGUAGUCUAGUGAGUGUGCGUAGGGUCAGUGCAAGAUAGAGUCAGAACAACUAGUUUGGGUACCAUUAAUUUAUUACUUAGCAGUAUGGCUAUUUAGCAGUCUUAUGGCUUGGGGGUAGAAGCUGUCUCGGAGCCUGUUGGUCUGAGAGCUGAUGCUCCGGUACCGUUUCUCAGAUGGUAGCAGAGUGAACAGUCUAUGGCUUGGGUGGCUGGAGUCUUUGGCAAUUCUUUGGGCCUUUAUCUGACUCCGCCUGAUAUAGAGGUCUCGGAUGGCAGGGACCUCGGCCCCAGUGAUGUACCGGGCUGUCCGCACCACCCUCUGUAGCGUUUUGGGGUCAAUGGCGGUGCAUUUGCCAUACCAAGUGGUGCAGCUGUAUAACUUUUUGAGGAUCUGAGGGCCCAUGCCAAAUCUUUUCAGCCUCUUGAGGAGGAAGAGGUGCUGCCGUGCCCUCUUCAUGACUGUGUUAGGGUGUGUGUGGAACCAUGUUAGGUCCUUAGUGAUGUGGACGCCAAGGAACUUGAAGCUCUCGACCCACUCCACAACAGCCCAGUCGAUGUGGAUGGGGGCGUGCUCUACCCUCUUUCUCUUAUAGUCCACGAUCAGCUCCUUGGUCUUACUGAAGUUGAGGGACAGGUUGUUGUCCUGGCACCACACUGCUAAGUCUCUGACCUCCGUACCCUCACCACCUGGGAGCAGCCCGUCAGGAAGUCCAGGAUCCAGUUGCAGAGGGAGGGGUUCAGUCCCAGGGUCCCUAGCUUGGUGAUUAGCUUGGAGGGGACUAUGGUGUUGAACGCUGAGCUGUAGUCUAUGAACAGCAUUUUCACAUAGUUAUUUCCCCUCUUGUCCAGGUGGGAGACGGUAGUGUGAAGUGCAAUUGAGAUUGCGUCAUCUGUGGAUCUGUUGGGGCAGUAUGCGAAUUGAACUGGGUCUAGGGUGUCUGGGAUGUUGGUAUUGAUGUGUGUCAUGACCAGCCUUUCAAAUAACUUCAUAAUUACAGAUCUGAAUGCUACAGGGUGAUAGUCAUUUAGGCAGGUUACCUUGAAGCGCUUGGGAACACGGACAAUGGUGGUCAGCUUGAAACAUGUUGGGAUUACAGACAAGGAUAGAUUGAAAAUGUCUGUGAAGACACUUGCCAGCUGGUCUGCGCCCUGGUAUUCCGUCUGGCCCUGCAGCCUUGUGAUUGUUAACCUGUUUAAACGUUUUGCUCACAUUGGCCAUGGAGAGCGAGAUCACACAGUCAUCUGGAAAAACAGGGGCUUUCACGCAAGGCACAGUGUUAUAUUCCUCAAAACGAGCAUAAAAGGCAUUUAGCUCAUUUGGGAGUUCUGCAUUGCUGGGCAACUCAUGGCUGGGAUUCCCUUUGUAAUCCGUUAUUGUCUGCAAGCCCUGACACAUACGAUGAGCAUCUGAGCCGGUGUAAUAGGAUUCCACCUUUCUCCUAUAUUGUUCUUUCGCAUGUUUGAUGUCUCGUCGGAUGCCGUAGCAGGCUUUCUUGUAUGUGUCCAUGUUCGUUUCCCGUUCCUAGCCUUUAGCCCAGCGCGGAUAUUGCCUGUAAUCCAUGUUUUUUUGGUUUGGAUACAUUCUUAUAGUCACUGUGUAGUGUAUGUAAUAAUAAUAAUAAUAAUAUGCCAUUUAGCAGACGCUUUUAUCCAAAGCGACUUACAGUCAUGUGUGCAUACAUUUUUACUUAUGGGUGGUCCCUGGGAUCGAACCCACUACCCUGUCGUUACAAGCGCCAUGCUCUACCAAUUGAGCUACAGAGGACCGCCCAUAUGUAUAGUAUACAAUCAAUAUAGUUUAAGAUCAAUUAAUCAAUCAUCCAUUAAUCAAUGCAUGAGGAAACAUAGAUAUUAAAACAAAACUAUUAUUAAAAUCAACCUGCAACAAAGCAUGCUGGAAAUAUAAUAUUGAGGCAACUCCCACAUAUUUUUCUAUAUGAGAGAGUAAAUGGAAAUGAACACAGUUGAGUAACAAAAACACCACACGAUUCUAAAGAUUUCUUGAAUCAAAUGUCCUGUUCAGUUGUGCUGAAAUAUAGGUAAGGUGACAGAUAUUCCUAACACUGAUCUGAAUAAAAGGCAUGGAAAGUCACUACAAUUUCUAAUAACUAAAUGCACCAUAAACAGGACAAUGGGAAAGUAAACACUACUGUUUAAAAUCUGAAUACUUAGGAGAUACAGUUGAAGUCGGAAGUUUACAUACACCUUAGUCAAAUACAUUUAAACUCAGUUUUUCACAAUUCCUGACAUUUAAUCCUAGUAAAAAUUCCCUCUUAGGUCAGUUAGGAUCACCACUUUAUUUUAAGAAUGUGAAAUGUCAGAAUAAUAGUAGAGAGAAUGAUUUAUUUCAGCUUUUAUUUAUUUCAUCACAUUCCCAGUGGGUCAGAAGUUUACAUACACUCAAUUAGUAUUUGGUAGCAUUGGCUUUAAUUUGUUUAAUUUGGGUCAAACAUUUCGGGUAGCCUUCCACAAGCUUCCCACAAUAAGUUGGGUGAAUUUUGGCCCAUUCCUCCUGACAGAGCUCGUGUAACUGAGUCAGGUUUGUAGGCCUCCUUGCUCGCACACACUUUUUCAUUUCUGCCCACAAAUGUUCUAUAGGAUUGAGGUCAGGGCUUUGUGAUGGCCACUCCAAUACCUUGACUUUGUUGUCCUUAAGCCAUUUUGCCACAACUUUGAAAGUAUACUUGCGGUCAUUGUCCAUUUGGAAGACCCAUUUGCGACCAAGCUUUAACUUCCUGACUGUCUUGAGAUGUUGCUUCAAUAUAUCCACAUAAUUUUCCUUCCUCAUGAUGCCAUCUAUUUUGUGAAGUGCACCAGUCCCUCCUGCAGCAAAGCACCCCCACAGCAUGAUGCUGCCACCCCCAUGCUUCACGGUUGGGAUGGUGUUCUUCGGCUUGCAAGCACCCCCUUUUUCCUCCAAACAUAACGAUGGUCAUUAUGGCCAAACAGUUCUAUUUUUGUUUCAUCAGACCAGAGGACAUUUCUCCAAAAAGUACGAUCUUUGUCCCCAUGUGCAGUUGCAAACCGUAGUCUGGCUUUUUUAUGGAAGUUUUGGAGCAGUGGCUUCUUCCUUGCUGAGCGGCCUUUCAGGUUAUGUCGAUAUAGGACUCGUUUUACUGUGGAUAUAGAUACUUUUGUACCUGUUUCCUCCAGCAUCUUCACAAGGUCCUUUGCUGUUGUUCUGGGAUUGAUUUGCACUUUUCGCACCAAAGGACAUUCAUCUCUAGGAGACAGAACACGUCUCCUUCCUGAGCGGUAUGACAGCUGCGUGGUCCCAUGGUGUUUAUACUUGCAUACUAUUGUUUGUACAGAUGAACGUGGUACCUUCAGGCGUUUGGAAAUUGCUCCCAAGGAUGAACCAGACUUGUGGAGGUCUACAAUGUUUGGCUGAUUUCUUUUGAUUUUCCCAUGAUGUCAAGCAAAGAGGCACUGUGUUUGAAGGUAGGCCUUGAAAGACAUCCACAGGUACACCUCAAAUGAUGUCAAUUAGCCUAUCAGAAGCUUCUAAAGCCAUGACAUCAUUUUCUGGAAUUUUCCAAGCUGUUUAAAGGCACAGUCAACUGAGUGAAUGUAAACUUCUGACCCACUGGAAUUGUGAUACAGUGAAUUAUAAGUGAAAUAAUCUGUCUGUAAACAAUUGUUGGAAAAAUUACUUGUGUCAUGCACAAAGUAGAUGUCCUAACCGACUUGCCAAAACUAUAGUUUGUUAACAAGAAAUGUGUGGAGUGGUUGAAAAACAAGUUUUUAUGACUCCAACCUAAGUGUAUGUAAACUUCCGACUUCAACUGUAUACUGUAGGUGUUCUCCUGGUUGGAAACGGACUGGAAAAAGCUGACUAUCAUGUUUAAUCUUGCAUUCUAACGCCUGUGUUCAAGAUGAGAACACUUAUUGGCAAAUCUAAAUGCCUAAUGUUUAAGUUUUAAACACUGACGUUUAGGUUAUAAACAUGUCACGUUUCAUGGUUUUACAGUGUGCAGGUGAUAGUACACUGUUUAUGGUGGAUGGUACAUCAAUAUUUUGUUGUUUUUUAUAAGACAAAGAAUGUUGACAGUUCUGUUUAUGUCGACUCACCUCAGAGAUCACUGGUGAACUAAUGAUGUAAAGCAUCUGAGAUCAUGCAUUAUCUGCAUGUAACCUACAGCAUCUCCUAUCACUUUUAUCAUCUCAUUACAGUCUGUACAUCAAUGAUGUAUGAAACAGCUGUUGAACUAUGUUGAACUGUGCUCCUGUACAUGAUGGAAAUGACUGGGUCUACAUUCCCACAGUGUGACACGUCACCUGUCAAGUUUUCAGUCUACUCCUUAGGCCCACAUCUUAGUCAUCACUUACAGUUGAAAUAAAUUGAAAUGUGUUUGAGUGAGAUAGAGAUGGAGACAGAGAAAAAGAGAGCGGUAUUGUGUGACCCUCUCAGAUACUGAUGAGUUGUUGGAUAGCAAGAUCUUUCACUCUCUCACAAGCUGACUUCUCUCACUUCUUUGUGCUUGCCACAUCCUCAUUUUUUUGUUGGCACAUACAGUACCUCACUCUUGCAACUCUCUGCCCAAUGGGGACAGAUGUCGUUUUAAUGUCUAGUUUUGAUUUACAGUACAUUUGGUUGUGUUUUCAACAAACGAGAAUUCAACAUGAAAUCAACAAAAUAAUUCACGUAAUUGGAUUUAGGUUAAAAGUUGGGUGAAAAAAUACAAAAUUCCCUUACGUUGAUUACUUUUUGCAAAUCCAAUCAGUUUUCCACGUUGAUUCAACGUCAUCACAUUGUAUUUUUUGUUGUUGAAAUUACGUGGAAACCACAUUGAUUCAACCAGUUUUUGUCCAGUGGGUGCCCACGUCAACACUCUCUUCUUGCUGCUAUGGUUUCUCUCUACUGGGAGUGAUUCCUGCAGGCCAGUGGUAGAGGGGGCUGGUCCACAUGCAUCCCCCCACACCCCAACUCCCAUGGGGAAGCGAGGCCAGCUGUUAGUGAUGCAUUUCCUGUACUGCCCUGUAGCUGUUCACCGCUCAGUGAUGGGGCUGACAGCAGCACGCCCACCCGACCACAUCCAUCCAUCCAACCAUCCCACUCACCCACACACAGCGCUACAGCAAAGUAUAUAGAACCACACAUAGCCUAACCAUUUACAGUCUAUAUAUGGUAGAUUUAAUUACUCCUUUAUGUCCUGUGUAGCUCAGUUGGUAGAGCAUGGCACUUGCAACGCCAGGGUUGUGGGUUCGUUUCCCACGAGGGGCCAGUAUGAAAAUGUAUGCACUCACUAACUGUAAGUCGCUCUGGAUAAGAGCGUCUGUUAAAUGUCAUUGUAUCUUCCUCAAUGCACUUUUUCUUCAUUAUAUUUUUCUUCUUCUUCUUCCUCUCUCUACUCCCCCCCCCCCCCCAUCCUCCUGUCCCUCCUCUCUUCUCUCACUCUACUCCCUCACCUUUUCCUCCCUCCCCGCUCCACGUGACCUGCUCCCUUCUCUCUUCUCCUCACCUCACCCCCCCCCCUCUCUCCUGUUCUCUGUCCCCUCCCUCUGGGCUUCAGGCACCAUGUACACUAUGUGAUCCCGUAUGAUGGGGACCAGUCUCUGGUGGACUCGGCAGAUAACUACUUUGUGAGUGACAGCGUGACCAAGCAGGAGCUGGACCUGAUGCUGGGGCUGCUGCUGGGCUUCCUCCUCAGCUGGCUGCUGCUGUGCCUGGACGGGGCGCUGCACGCUGCCCUCAGAGCCUGGAGGGCCAAACAGCACCAUGGUGAGUCAGCAGGGGGCCCCCAGGGGCACAACCCCACAGGAGAGCUCCAAAAGGCAGAGAGACAAUGUAUGGGGAGCUGGUCUAAAAAGGCUGACACAGCUCUGGGUUAUAAAAACAGCUGCAGUAGAAAGUUACUAAAGAAUACAGAUGUUUUGUUCAUGGGGUGGGGGUAAAAUAGGAUAUUCUUUGGGUGAGUGAGGGAAUGUACAGGAGAGCAAAAGUCUAAAGGUGCAGAGGUACGAUGCCUCAACUUUGGAUUAGCCUUGUUUGGUGAAAACUGCAGUAUCGUGGGCAGCCUCCGUUCCAGAGACUACAGUACAGUGUGUAUACCUGUCUAUGGUUCAAUGGCAUUUAUAAGUGUGACUCAGCCAUCGACCCACUUUAUCACAAUAUUCCCCAGCUUGCUGCUGUUUCUCUUUUGAUUUCCUAAAUUUCAUUUCGGGUCAGUGUUUUUCAGGCUUAUAAAUGUAUAUGACAGCAGGAGUUUGUUCCUCCCUCAGAUUUCUACAUGAAACUGUUGUCACUGAUAUAGUCAUCAUACAUUAUUCCCCUUUAGUCUAGUCACAGUUUUUCCUGUGUGUGGAGUUUUCUCUUCAUAUUUCUAUAUCCAGUUGUGGGAUUGGUGUAAUUCCCCCCAGAGCUGCUUGCCGUGUAGGAAGUGAUGGGGGUGGUUGGGAAAGAGGUGUAGAAAUUAGUCAUUUAUAGCGUCGUGUCUUUUCAAAUUGAUAUUUCCUCUCAUGCGCACACACACACACAAGCAUGCACAUGCAUGCACACACACAGACAGCGUUAAUUUGAGUGUUUGUGGUUUUAAACUGCGAGUUCAGAGUAGACUUACUGCAAUAUUUCAGUGUCUUGUGAUUUCUCUCUCUGUACAGAUUUUGAAUCCCUCUCCCUCGCUUACAAUUCAGUAUUUAUCUCGACCUCCCAUCUCACCAAUCAAAUUCAUGUCAUUUAAUUAUCUCCCAUCGCCUGUCUAUCCUGUGAAAAGUCUGUGGGCUUUAUUAGUAUGGCGGAGAUGUCUCGUCCUCUCGCACCCCCCCCCCCCCCCCCCCCACACACACACACACACACACACACACACACACACACACACGGUGACAGCGUUUACAGCGUUGGGCCAGUAACCGAAAGGUGGCUAGUUUGAAUCCCCGGGCCAGCAAGGCAAAAAAACACAUGCAAACUGGCACACAAACUAAAUGGUGGACAAAUCCUUAAUCUUUCAAUCAAUGUCGUACAUCUUCCCCGACCCCCUUCUUUCUUUCCUUUACUGUGUCCAGAUGUGUUCUCCUGGUCAUGGGUUCCCCGCUUCUGUAAACUGGGGAGACGGGUGCAUAUGAGAAAGCUACAGGACUCAAGUGGGAACAUGGUGCACGUUAAGCAGAAGCUGUACCACAACGGACACCCCAGCCCAUGCCACCUCUGA